AUGAUUUUUGUCCAUUGGGACCAUAAAAGUCAAUUAUGGUGUGUACUCUCGGAAGAUAUUCCCAUAUUUGAUUAUUGCAAUUCAAAUUCUAAGCCAAUUGAUGGUGUAAAAGUUUUUUCUAGUUGUGAUGGAUUGUUUCUCAUCGGAAUUUGGACUGACCGUGGUAUUGAACAACCUGCCGGAUUAGUCAUAUGGAAUCCUUCCACGCGCCAAUCAAUACGACUUCCCCAUUCUAAAUUUUCAUUACAGAUCGGAUAUGAUAAUGAUGACGAUGUAGAUAGGGGAUCUACUUACGGAAUGGCUUAUGACUCCACCAGUGAUGACUAUAAAAUCUUCAGGAUUGACAUAUCUGGUGAGAAUGACAAUGAAAUUCUCGCACUGAAAAAUGGUUCGUGGAGGAUAAUUGAUGGUAAAACCUCAGGAGGCAGGACAGAUAGCCGUCUGUUGAGGGGUAGAGAAUUUUUGGCAUUUGUAGAUGGAGCAUUUCAUUGGAUUGGUUUCUUAUCAAAAGUGUGCGUGAUUUCAUUUAAUAUUUCAGAUGAGAUGUACGGAGAGAUAUCAUUGCCUGAGAUAAUAAGCUCCCAACUCACUCUCUCCCAAUUCAAAAAAGCUGAACUUGAAGUUGAUAUUCAUGUGGGCGUAUCAGAAUUGAGAGGAAUGUUGGGGGUUUAUUAUAAGGAUGACAAUAAUUAUAAUUUAUGGGCGAUGAAAAAGUAUGGUAUUAAAGAUUCUUGGAUGAAAUUGUUCACCAUAGUCAUUGCAGGUGGCAGUUAUUAUAAUAUCAAACCUAAAUAUACGUUUUCAGACGAUCGAGUGCUACUCUGCUUUGAUAAAAUGAUUUGGUCGACACCAAAUAGUACGAGAACAGAAUAUAUAUACAGGGUAAUAUCAAGUGAUCCAAUGUUUCCUCAACAGGAUUAUGAUAAGGGUGAUGUUGUGGAUGAAGAAGGUGAUGUUUAUACGGAAACUCUCAUCUUUCCCAAACUGGGCCAUUAA